AUGAGUGGACAACAAGGGUACGAUCCUGUCGAGUUACACCCAGCUCCUGCCCACCCUUACCCACCCUCUAAUCACGAGUGGAACGACUCUAUGUCUAUUCCCCUCAACAACAUGGGACCUAGCUCAAGCAGGCGCCCUGGACUACCAAAUAUGCCCCAACCUUACGAUGCGGAGCGUGGUGGUGGUGGCGUGAAUACCCCUUCCAGGAAUAGUUCAUGGGAUGUAUUAAGGAAGGUGGAGAAUUCGUAUCAGCAAUUUGACCCCGCCGCCGGUUCCGACUCCCACCUCGCAUCACGACUCUACCAUUAUCUGCUCAAUGCGUCGAUCGUUACCCGAUGGAUUCUGUUCAUCUUCCCGCUGUUAGGAAUAAUCUGGAUUCCCGGAAUUCUCGACUACACUGGUACUACUAACAAAACGGUCUGGGGCGUGCGCUUUCGGUGGUGGAGUAUAUUCUUGACUGUCCUGUGGGGCGGUUGGUGGGGUUGUUUGGCCAUUGCAAUGAUCUUUCCUCGUAUCAUCCGACGCACACUCGGUGUGAUUGCGGUUGGUACACGGCGUUAUCUCGACUGGCUACAAGUCCUUCAUCGCUACGUUGCCUUGUUCGCAUGGACGCUGACCGUCUUCGUCUCCUAUAACCCACUCAUCAACAGUCAACAAGGCUCUGACGCGACGAAAUCCGCUAUUCAAAUCAUUGAUCUUGGGCAGAAGCUCUUUUUCGCCUUCUUCCUCUGUGCCGCCCUACUCCUGGCAGAAAAAUUUGCAAUUCAGUUCAUCGCUGGCAAAUUCCAUGAACGAUCAUACGCGGAGAGAAUCGCAGAUCAAGCCUUUGCCGUCAAGUCUGUCGUUACGCUCUAUACUCACUCCAAGAACGUCGGACGACCAGAUGCUUUGCGUGCUGACACGGCCAAAGAUAUGCUCAAUCCGUCAAAAAUUCUCAAGAAAGCUUUAAAGGGGGUCCGUACUGCAGCUAAAACUACGACAACCGCCUUUGGAAAUGUCGCGUCAGAAAUCACCGGCACUUCUGUUCUGCAGCCCAACUCUCCGCAAGCUAUCGUGCAGACUGCGCUCGAGUCAGCCAACCGCAGCCGUUUACUUGCGCGACGACUGUUCUAUUCCUUUGCUAAACCUGAUGCGAAUUACCUCCUGGUGGAAGACAUCACACGUUUCUUCCGCUCUCAAGAUGAAGCGGACAAGGUGUUCGCCCUCUUCGACAGAGAUUCGAAUGGUGAUGCGUCUCUGGACGAAGUUGAAAUGGCCGUCAUGGAAUUCCAUCGUGAACAACUUUCAAUCGAGCAUUCUAUGCAGGACUUGGACUCCGCGGUCGGCCGGCUUGACAAUAUCUUCAUGUCGCUUUAUGCAAUCAUUGCGAUCCUUAUUAUAGCAGUCGCCUUAGAAGCUCAGGUUGCAACUUUAGUCACAAGCGCCGGAACCCUGGUACUGGGUCUCAGCUGGCUAAUAGGAGGAACUCUCGCCGAAGUUCUGACGAGCAUCAUCUUCCUCUUCAUCAAACAUCCAUUCGAUGUGGGCGAUCGAGUUAUUGUGUCCGGCAGCAGCUAUACGGUCAAAGAGGUGAAGUUAUCGAUUGUCUGGAACUCCUCCGGGUUCUCAUUCCACCAAGAUCCGACUUUUGAGCACAAUAUUCAUCAACUCCGAUGGGAUUUCGGUCCAGGCGCCGAACACGGUUCUCAAUGGACAGGUGCGAAGCUUCUGCAGUUUCCUUUGCGCAUGGCUGUACUAAAUUUCGCCAAGUUCAUUCAAAACAUCCGACGAAGUCCCCAGCUGUCAGAAACAUUCACAUUCGAUGUCAACUACUCCACCUCAUUUGAAGACGUGGAAAAGCUGCGGGAACGGAUGCUCGCUUUUGUGACUGCCGAGCGCCGGGACUAUCAACCGGCUUUUGAUGUCGUCGUGGUUGAUUUCCCGGAGCAGGCCAAAAUGACACUGUCUGCUGAUAUCAAAUACAAAGGCAAUGGCCAGCAAGGCGCGCUGAAAGCGAAGCGCCGCAACAAGUGGGUCUGCCAGUUGAAAGCCGCUCUCGCGGAAUGCGGCAUCUACGGGCCGUCUGGCAAUCCAAACUCCGAACCGGGUACCCAACGAUACACCGAGGUACCCUGGCACGAGUUCAAAUCUGAACUCGAAAAAGCCAAGAAUACGCACCCUGAAGGCUCUGCUGUACCCGAGGGUGGUUGGCGCUUGAGUGGGCAAAACGCUGUUCUUUUGGACAGCUCGCAAGAUAUCUUCUCAGAUCCAGAUGAUCUCCAUAGAGCAACACCACGCCCUCAGGGCUCGUCUGGCAUUUCAAUGCCGACCGCCGCAACUGUGGCCCAGAUUCCGCGCUAA